UAUCCCCCUGUUUUUAUUUAUUUUAUUUACAUUACAGGCUACAAAACUGUAUGAAUUUGGCGUUGGUCGAUGAUGAAAUUUCGAAUAUGAAUCACUUUCUUCUGUCAUAUUAGUCACCUCAUAGAAUCAUAUUAGUCUGGUUAUUACAUUAAACCCAAGCACAGUAUGAAACUUCUCUGCCAACUAUGAAAUCUAAUGCUGGAUUUUGGAUCGAGUUGGUUUUGUUUUCUCACUUUGUUUGUAUGAUGAACUAGGGUCAAUGUUUUUGGCCAUCGAACCAGAGCUUUAUUUAUGAGAAUCUCUAGAGAGGGGGCUAAAAUCGCAAGAGUGCGCCGGCGGCUGUGAGCUGCUGCUGACGCGUAAGGCCCCGAUCAGAUGGGAAUAGUGGAUCUGUGGGAUUUGGGAACCAACUUGCGACAAAUCAAAGGUUCCUGGGUUAGUUGAGAUCGGGGGUAGGAAGAGAGAAAGAGCAACUAAAUUCUUCUCUUCUUACUUCAUUUCCAAGCCAUGCACGGCAUAUAUCACGAGCUUCAGUUACAGCGGUACGAAGGACAAUGCCAUCCUGUCUCCCAAAUUUCAGUUACAGCAGCAGAAAGGGUCAUCUCAGCCAUUGCUCUUCACUCCAGAGGUACAACCUUGGUCCGCCAUGUCCGCCGCCUCAUAUACAGAUUCUCCCAGAUGACCUCCUUGUGGAGAUUCUCAUGCGCCUUCCGCCUGAGCCUAUCUAUCUUUUCCGUGCUUCUCAUGUCUGCAAGCACUGGCGCAGCCUCAUCCACGACGCCCGCUUCCUUUGCCGCUUCCACGAGUUCCACCGGGGGACUCCUCCCGUGCUCGGCUUCUUCAGCAACCAGCCAUCGUUUCCCUUCUUCGUUUCCAUCACCAACACCUUCGCGGGCUCCGCUGUUGGCAAGAUUGACCACGACUAUUUGUCGGUCUUGGACUGUCGCCACGGUCGUGCCCUCCUGAAAUGUAAGUGCUGCAAUGAGCUGCUCGUCUUGGACCUUGUGACCGGUGACACGAUCUGGCUGCCGUAUCCCACGCAGCUCCCCAAGCAGGCCACAUACAAUGGCGCGGUUCUCUGCGUUGCUGGCCACGACAACUGUCAUUCGUGCCCGGUCCUUGUGGUGCUAGUGUUCAGUAACAAGGUUGAUUUCAUCACCGCAGGCUGCGUGUACUCGUCCGAGACUGGCGUCUGGGGUGAGAUCACUUCGAUUCAUAUGCCUGAUUCAUUUGUCGUCCCAUUGCCGACGGUUCUGGUUGGAAACACACUGUACUGGCUGUUGGACAACGAUCACAUCAUUCAGUUUGAUUUGGAUAAGCAUAGAUUGGAUUUAAUUGAGGAGGUGCCACAUAGCUACUGUAAGCAGGUUAUCAUCAUGCCCGCGGAGGAUGGACUUGUUGGUUUUGCUGGGGUUGAUGGUUCGAGUCUCCAUUUGUGGUCAAGGGUAGGUAGCAUUGAUGGGGGGGUACCAUGGACACGUCGCAUCAUUGACUUCGAAGAGCUUCUUGGGCCGGAAACAUCGCUUUGUCAUCCGUUGCUUGUUGGCUAUGCGGAAGAUGCUGAUGUGAUCUUCAUUUGUGCGGAUACUAGCGUCUACAUGAUCCAUCUCAAGUCCAUGAUGAAGAUUGAGCGGUGGAAUGAACUUGAUAUUGUGUUUCCCAUUUUUCCUUACACAAGAUUCUACUCUCCAGUAAAAGCUCUUGGCGCCUACUGCCUGGCCGCAGAGCCAUCUUCUUUCUCGGCGGUGCCCUCCCUCGCCUACUCGGUGUCACGGAUGCCAGGCUCGCGCUCCACUUUGGCAGGGGAGAGACCACGUAGACGUCAUGCUCUCCAACCUGCAGGAGAACGCCGUCCAUGGUGAUGAACGUGAGGACGGCCUGCUCGAGAUUGUCCUGGUCGGUCUAUGCCCCAAAACCAUGGCGGAUCCACAAAAGCCAGACUAUGUUUUCUCAGCACACACCAUUGGUUUCAACCCAAGCCAGGGACUGCAUGGCUGACACUCAAGUCUGAAACUCUCUCUGUGUGUGUUUAUUCUGUUUCUACAGAUACAAACUCAUCGCGCCAACCUUGUAAGAUGUCCAAGCUUAUUUUUCGGCGCGACGGCGACGGCCUGCUGCUCCCACAAUGACGAAGCUGGCGUUUUGAGCAGUUUUCCAGGUUGCCCUUUGGAUGGUUCAGAGCAUGUGAAUAUAUGAAAUGAGUUAGUUCCCAGCGAUUUGGGAGGCAGGGAAAAGAAGAUGCUACUCGAGAUCUUGCGAUGAAGAAGAACAAGCUUGAGAGGAGAAUUAAGUAGAUUGAGGACGAACUUUAGACGCGGAAAAAUGUAAACUGUGUGGCUUUUAAUUCUAAUACACUAGGUAAUUGCCCGUGCGUUGCUACGGGAGCAACAAUUUCAUCACAACAAGAGUAUUAUGAAAUGGUGUUCUGAGGUCACCAGAACAUAUACCCGAUCUUA